AUGGCGGACCACCCGGACGCCAUUGAACGACCUGAUGACCCCGGCGAUGAACCCGCUCGUCGUUCGCCAAUUGAUCUGUCCGCGGCCGUUACCGGGCUGGAUCUGCUAUUCUCCAACUUAGCGGCAGUAGAUAACCAUGGAAAGGCGCCUGCAGUCGCGCCGACCGUCGAUGUUCCAUUUGAAUCCAUCGACGAGCCUCUGUGUCCCUCCCCUACUGCGCCCGUGUUGGAGCAAGACAGCUCCAACCCUUCAGGUGAAGAAAUCGCGGCGGUGCCAGUGGCUAAGAAGUCCGCCAGGUACACGCAGUCAACGCUGCCGUGGCCCAAGAAGGGAGGUCCCGCUGGUGCAACACCGGCUUCGCCAGCCGACCAACUGUCGACGCCCGCGACCGCAGGCACGCAGGCGUCGCCCUCAACACCUGGGCCUUCUAAACCGGCAGGGCCAGACGCAACCUACGCGGAGGCUCUGUAUAAGUACAAAAGCGAGUGGCUCGAGCGGUUUUCUUGGCUUAUUCUGCUAAAAAAAGCUGACGGUUUCCCCGCUUUCAAGUGCAGCAUCUGUACGGAGCACGCAGGCUACGCUGGACCGUGUGGGAGAGGCGGAAAGGGCGCCACAGACGUUCAGACGCAGGCGUUCAAACGGCAUGCGGCAACUACCAAGCACAAGGAGGCGUUGAAACACCAGCAGAAGCUUCUCGACGACGCCGCUACGCAGCCACGGAUCAACGGCGACAAUCUCGCUCGCGACACGGAGAAGGAGCGGGUCGUCAAGCUCCUCGACUCCCUGCUCUUCGUGACCAAGCAAGAUGCACCCAUAGAGUUAUGGGUGAAUCUUGUGCGCUACCUCGCGCGACUCAAGGCCCUCGCAGCAAAGGACGCCGCUGAACAACUCCCCGAGUUCGGCAUGGUGGACUCCCUGCUCCGCCAAGUGGCAGAGCAUUUGGGGCGUUCUGGCCCGUGGCAUCAACGCUUCAUUGGCCUGCAGGAGGUGUUCACGAAAACAAACCUGGAGCUACAAGGGAUCCACGACGUCCGCUGGCUCUCCCGCGGUGACGCCAUUCUGCGCGCGGUAGAGGUCUUCCCCGCGCUGAUCGUGAUGCUGUAUGAGUGGGACAUCACCCUCUACGAGCUCGCCACGAGCUACAGGUUUCACUUUCUGCUAUACUUCCUUGCAGACGUCCUCGAGCAGCUCAAUGUGCUGAACAGGGCAUUCCAGCAGCGUGAGCUGGACAUUGCAAGUGUCCACGGGCAGAUCCGCCGGUCGAUUUCAUUCCUAGAGUCCCGCUACGUCGACUGUGGUGACGACUUUGGAGGCGGGGUGAGCGCGCGCCUCUCCCCGUUCAUCAAGAAGCACGGGCCUGAGGGGGGCAAUCCCGAGGUGAAGGUGCAGGGAGUCGACUCGGACGGGCGGCCCACGACACACACCUUCGAGCUGCACGAGAAGCCGAGCGAAGACUACCCGACCCUCGGCUCCCACGACGCCUGCGUCGAUCUCUGCACCACCUUCGCCGAGACGCUCGUGGAAAACCUCAGCACACGGUUCCAGGAACUGGACUCCCUGGUGGGAGUGCGGCUGUUCAUGCCUGACGAGUGGGAGCUGGGGAGAGCAGAGCGCCACAGGCAGUGUCUCGAGUGGCUCGAGUCUCUCGUGAGGCUGUUCAGGGCACAGGACACGGACUACAUCAUUCCAGGUAUUCCCGCUCUCGCACUGUUGCUGCCCGUCUUAUUGUGUCAUUGCAUUUCAUCAACGUAUGGUAUCUGGCGCAGCUACAAGAAGCGCCGCCCAUUCGGCAAUGUGGCGGCACCACCCGAAAGAGAGGGAGAGGGCAGGGAUAGCACGGGAAAGGAGGCCCUAGAGGAGGAAGAGUGGGCAGAACGACAGGCUAAGGGAAGAGAAGAUGAUGAUGACAAGCAGGCCUCAUCAGAUGAUGAUUACUGA